GCACAGAGAUGGCGCUCUUUAACCUAAAUUCCUGAACAGAACUUAGCGUCCGUCUCUUGGCAAUAAACCGAAUCCAGAUAAUGAACUCAUCGAUCUGAAUUUUUCAAUUGACAGAGAAGAAAUAGAACUUUCUGGGGCCCCUGGGCCUAACCAUUCCAUCGUGUACCCCCAGUGCAAUAUCAGCAGCGUCAACAGACUAUCAAACAUUCCAAGAUGUUGGUGCCGAUCUUCACCCUCAAGCUGAAUCAUAAAAUCAAUCCACGGAUGGUGACGAUUGGAAAGUAUGACGGCAAGCAUCCUAACCUCACAGCAGCUACAACAGCUGGAAAGGUAUUUGUCCACAACCCCCACACCCGUGGUGCACGUGGAGGAGGACGAGCCAGCGAGAUAGCAGUGGAUUCGGACAUCAGCCUUCUGAGUAUCAACCAGAAGAUUAGCGCUGUCUGCGCUGGUUCUCUUGAUUCCAUGGGUGUGAAUGAUAUCCUGAUGGUCGGCACCCAGACCAAUCUCCUAGCCUACGAUGUUCAGAACAACACAGAUAUCUUCUACAAGGAUGCAGCCGACGGAGUGAAUUCUAUUGUAAUAGGCAAGCUAGGAAGUAUCAGCUCACCCCUCGCCAUCACAGGAGGAAACUGUGCUCUAUAUGGAUAUGACAUUGAGGGAAAUGAUCUUUUCUGGACCGUGACUGGUGACAACGUGUGUUCCUUGGCACUGUGCCAAUUCUCUGGAGAUGGCAGGAAUCAGUUGGUUGUCGGAUCGGAGGAUUAUGACAUCAGGGUGUUUCAGGAGGAUGAGAUCGUUUCAGAGAUGACAGAGACAGAGGCCAUCACAGCUCUUUGCCCGAUGACUGAUGCCAGGUUUGGCUAUGCUUUAGCAAAUGGUACAGUUGGUGUUUAUGAAAAGAAUUCAAGGUACUGGAGAAUCAAGUCUAAGAACCAAGCAGUCACCAUAGAUAGCUUUGAUCUGGAUGGAGAUGGCGUACCGGAGCUAAUCACGGGAUGGAGCAACGGAAAGAUUGAUGCACGAAGUGACAGGACCGGUGAGGUUGUGUUCCGAGAUAAUUUGUCUUCGGCCAUCGCAGGGAUAGUGCAGGGAGAUUAUAGAAUGGACGGGAACAUGGAACUCAUUUGCUGCUCAAACGAAGGAGAAGUGCGGGGUUACCUACCCGCCAACCAGGAGCAGAAAGGGAAUCUGAUGGACACCAACAUCGAACAGGAAACGAUACGAGAUCUGAGCCAGCGGAAACAAAACCUCAUCCUAGAACUCAAGAAUUAUGAAGAGAAUGCCAAGGCUGGUAAGGAUGAGAGACCGUCUGGUCUCGGUGAUUUAGACAAGGCUCAGAUGGGUAUCAUUCCUGCAAACACUCAACUUCAAACCACUCUCUCAGUAAACUCUGGUGCUGAAAAAACCACUCCCCAUGUUGAACUAACAGUGAACACCAGUAAUGAUACCGUUCUGAAAGCUAUUCUUAUCUUUGCUGAGGGGAUCUUUGAAGGAGAGAGUCACGUCAUACACCCAAACACACCUAAUUUGUCCAAUUCUCUUAAAGUGCCAAUAGUCCCACCCAAAGACAUCCCUGUGGAUUUACAUAUCAAGGCAUUCGUGGGUACAAAAUCAAGUAUGCAGUUCCAUGUAUUUGAGGUGACCCGUCAGCUGCCCAGGUUCUCCAUGUAUGUACCGUGCACAGAUCAAGUUCCCGAGCCAAAGAGUAGUGUAGUGUUUACAGUCAAUGAAAGGAUACAGAGGGUGGUUCUAUGGAUAAAUCAGAACUUCUUGGUAGAUGAGGACGUUGCAGCCGAUACUCCUCUCAAUGUAGGGUUCCUUUCAUUGAGGGGGUCGGGUCCUAUAUUUAUUCAGAUGCAGGCCAAUGGGCAGGUAACCAUUCGUACUGAUGAUAUGGAUCUAGCCGGAGACCUCAUCCAAGCAUUGGCUUCAUUCCUUGGAAUAGAUGACCUCCAGGUUAUAGCUGAUUAUCCCAUGCAUAUGGAAGAUCUCAAAAAUCUACUCAUCAAGGUGGAUGAGUUUCACUCGGUGAGGCAGAAGUUAACAGCUGAGAUGGCCGACCAUUCUAACUUGAUCAGGAGUCUUGUUGUCAGGGCCGAAGAUGCUCGCCUCAUGUCGGAUAUGAGGAAUAUGCGUCGUGGGUACAUGGAAUUGUUUGACCUCAAUCGUGACCUGGUUAAUGGUUACAAGAUCCGUUGCUCCAACCAUCAAGAAUUGCUCAACUGUCUCAAGCUUGUCAACCAAACUAUUCAGAAGGCUGGGCAGCUUAGAGUUGGAAAGUUCAAGACUCUAGUUGUAUCUUCAUGCAGACAAGCUAUCAAAGAGAAUAACAUCAGUGCCUUGUUUAAGAUCAUCAAGACUGGAACAUCAUGAUCAGCAAGGGUUUGCAAACAAUCAUAAAACAUCUGGGGCCCGUUUUAUAAAAGAGUUACAACUGUGGUAACUUUGCCAUUAUGGCAGCUUAGCAGCCAAUCGCAAUAAAGGUUACCAUGGUAUUUACUGCUAAAGUUACCAUAGUUGUCUUUGUGAAACAGGCACCAGGGCAGUCUUACUUGAAACAAAAAGUUUGUGAUUUUUAUUCUGACUUUUGUUCUGAGUGAGAGUAACUGUUGCAUCUAAUGAGAUUGGAGCAAAAUAGUCUGUGAUUUGUUUCUUAAAAAUGCACCCCUGUUCUCUUGCAGUAGUUUGUUUGUGAUGAUGCCAGUCAGUGUUUCCUCUGCCAAAAUAUUUCUCUCUUAUUUUGAUGGAAUUUGUAUUGAUAUUCUCACCUUGAUUGUAUGUCAUUUGUAACAUACUGCUUUUCUAUUUUUUGGGAAUGAUAUUCAUCAUAUAAUGCUCUUCUGCUGAUUUACUUCAGUCCUGGAGAAAGUGAUAGACAUAAGAGCUUGGCUGAGGAAGAGGAUGGGCUACAAUAUAUGACAAGAAUGUCUAGUUGCUAUUCACCAACAAAGAACGUUUGACAUAGUGAAGUUUGGGAGCUGAAGAAACCGGUAUACGAGUUGCGUUUGCAUCUAAUCCAAGAAGUAUCACAUGUGUAAUAGCUGCUGCAACUUGUGUUUACAGAAGUUAUGGCAAGAUCUUUCUGUAAAGAGAGAAAAACAGACUUUUCUUUCCUUUGCAUAGCGGGUUCAUAAGGGUACAUCAUUGGCAUCUGUUCAUCUCAAGAGACGACGCACCAGUUGAUGGCGUCACAUCUUCCAGAAUGGGCUGUAGAGUCCCACUCUAAAGUGGCAGUCCCUAGAGCACUUUGUGCAGAUGCAGGAGGUCGGCGCUGAAUCAGAUUCUGAAAAAGAUGCUGCCCUAACUCUUUUGUCGAGAUGUCUUCAUUGGAAUCCAUCCGUGUUGAGAGACGAUGGUGUAUGCAAGAUGAUGAUGUCACAACUCCUAGAGUGGCAGUCUGUGGAGCACUUGGUAUAUACUGUAAAAUGGAGGUUGGCUCUGCUACCCUUGCCUUCCUCCUAGCUCUCUUAUCAUGCAUAUACUACUACUUAUUUCACUCCAUCCUGCAAGGGUGUAUUUAUUUAGUCUCUGUCCGUCCAAUUAUAUGUGAAAAUUUGUGUGUUUUUGUACAUAAUUUACAUUGCUAUUUUAGCAGUGAUCAUAUCUUGAUCUUUAAGAGUGUAUAGUAAAUACAUUUUUUUAUUAUUCUCUUGAGCAUUAAUUAUUUGCAGAUGUAGAAUUUGAGUGCAAUUUUUAUAAUAUGAACAUAUUUCAAAGGUUUAGCUUUUACUGUUAUUUUUUGUGGUUUUGUGUAUGUGAUUUUUUUUUAUAUAUACUUUCCUAUGUCAUUCAUGUCUCCAUUAUCACCUUUCUGUGAAGCGUAACAAUCAGUGGCAGCCCACUAUUCUUUGCACUCUUUGCAAUCCCAUGUUUAUAUGACAUUUCUAUAGCUUAGAUAUCGAUUGCAUUUGUGUGAUAACUGCCUUAUAGAGCUCUGUAAUGAUGGUUACAUUUGAUUCUUUGCUGCUGACACUGCCAAAUGUGGUUUGUUUUAUUUGUGUCUCUUAAAUAUCUGUUUGAUGAGUUAUUGCAGGUCUCGUAGAUUUGAGUAUAAAAAGAUAUAUCACAAAUGAAACAGAUGCACAUAAUAAUAAAUAAUAAUGAUAUAGGAUUUGUAUAGCGCAAGUAUCCACCUUGCUAGGUGCUCAAGGCUCUCCUAUAUUACCCCGGCUAAGCUAGUCUACUGAUUCCGGUGCGCACAGCUUUUUGAGGAAUUACUUCCUGCCGGUACCCAUUUACCUCACCUAGGUUGAGUGCAGCACAAUGUGGGUAAAUUCACAUCACAAUUUUGAAUACAAAUUUAUUAUGAAAAACAUAAUGGCAUCUGAUUUUUCUAUUUUACCACAUACUUAAUCACUUGCAUUUGAUCAAUGCUUUUUGUUGAUGCAGAUGGACUACUUUGGAUACCACCAAAUAUACAUGACAAAUAACUUUAUAUCUACUUUCAUUGUUCAGUAUCCUGUCUAACAGCUUGGGCAAUAAAUAUUAGACCAUAUUGUAUAGUAGUUUAGUAGGAAUGUGGUCUUAUGAUUUCCCAAAUAAAUAAUUUAUUUGCAAGUUUGCAGAUAUUAUGUUUAUGGAAACCCUUUUUUUUUAUUCAUCUUCAAAGUAAAUUGCAGACUCAAAAAAAAAUCAUGGUGUGCCGUAAAUUACGUAAACUGAACUGUUUUUUGUCUUUCAGCACGUAAGCUGUGUUCAUAUUAUAUUGUAUUACAAAUAGUAUAUAAAUGUGUGUAAAUAAUUUUGUAAAUACAAAGUUGUAUGUAUUUGUGGAAAUAUAAUUACAGAUGUUUGAAAAUGA